AUGGAACUCUGUUGCACGCCCCACCUGCCCGCCGCCAUGCACCAAGCCGACCAUUCGCAGCGAGCCCUGGAGACAACGUGCAAUGGCAGGGGCAAGGGCAAGGGCCGGCGUGAGAUGUCUGACCAGCGAAAGCUCGAGCCCGGGGUGCGCCGUGUUGCAUCGCCUCUCUGCUCACUGAUCAGUCUGCUGCUCUCAUCAAUCUGGGCCGGGCCUGGCCUGACCCUCCCCAUUUGCAUGCAUUUCGAACAUGUCAGCCGAGGCGGCAUCUCGCGCACCAGAAUGUGCUGCGACCAUUCACUCGUGUCCCCACGGUCCAACCAGAUGCGCUGCUGGCAGGUGUCGAUGAGAGUUCUGAGGCAGACCAAAAUUAUCGCAUUGCAGGCUCAAGGCCCGUCCCAAAAUGCCAUCCUGGCUUCCGCCGUUCCGGAAGACGCGAUCGACCACCCAUCAAUGAUGACCCUCAUAUCCCACUGCCGUGUGUGUGCCACCCUGCAUCUGCUCCCGACGGCGGAUAGGCAUAAGACAGCUAUGUACAUGGACAAUGGACAUGGACGAAGUUCGCAUGCUGCUCGUCUGACCCUUGCCUGCUCCCUCUGGCCUUGCUACCGCUCAUCAUCAACCUCUGAAAACGGCCUCACAGCUAUAGCUCCCGCCCUUGCCCUUGCCCAGAACGGUCAGAAAGAAGCCGAGACAGACCACGAAGGCGGCUCCAAGAGGCAGCGGGGCGUGCCCUGCUCCUGGCAACGUGGGAAGGACGCAUCGGCGGCAUGCGUGGAGGGCUCUGAGACUGUGCGCAUGCUGAUUCCGGAGUCCAGACCGCUGGCUCGCCGCUUGCGCGCAGAUUUCGCGAUUUUCGAAGGGGGCAGCAAGAAACGCUCUUAUAUGAACGAAUGA